CUCCAGACUCAGUUGGUCCUGGACUGUCGUUGUGAGUGGUUGUGUGCAGCUUCUCUCUUGAGUGUAUCUCUAAUGAUAACCAUAAAUAAUGCUUUUAGCUUAUAAAUCUUCAUCAGGAUGAAACUCAAAGGAAUCGUUGGUGUUGUAGUUACUUUCGUCAUAAUAAUAGGGUUGAGCCGGAGUGACGACACCUACGUCGGCAAAAAGAUUGGAGAACUUAACAGCUACCAUCACCAGGUGGGUGGCGAUGUCUAUGCUGUCGACGAAACAACAUUUUUAAUAAAGGGUUUUAUGUACGAUGGUAAUGGUGGCGACACAUUCUUCUGGGCUGGCUCGAGACCCCGUCCAGGACCCCAAGGUUUCAUUGUUCCUAAUGAGCUCGGCAGGACCAAUAUCUUGGACCGUUACCUUAAUAAAGAUAUCACACUCACGCUCCCUGAUAAGAAGACCAUCCCAGAGAUUAAGUGGCUUGCAAUAUACGACCUCAGCAGAUUGGAACCAUUUGGCGACAUCUAUAUUCCAGAGGGAUUUGAGCCUCCCCAAAAAAUUAUUCUCAACAAACUCUCGUCCAAGACAGGCGAGGUUAAAUCAGGAGGUGUCAUAAUUGUUGAUUCAAAGACCAUUAUUAUAGAAGACAUGUCAUAUGAUGGCACAGGAGAGGAAGUAUAUUUCUGGGUUGGUGUUGGACCCCAACCUCACUCAAAAGGCAUAAAGAUCCCUGAUGAGCAUGGAUACAUGACCCCACUAGGAAAAUACAAAAAGAAAAAUGUAGUAUUAGAGCUGCCCGGAGACCUGACAGUGUUCACAAUAGACUGGCUGUCCCUGUAUGAUAUACAGCAAGAGAGGGUGUUAGGAUCCAUUAUUAUCCCAGAAGAGCUCAAUGUUCCUCCUUCACUUGUCCAAGUCAUUCCACAUGAAAACAGUAUGCCAAACUGCGAACAGAUGUUUAAAGAUCUGCAGGUGUCAUGGGAGGUGUUUGGUGACCAGGUCACCAUGGAACUUGCUGCACAAGUUGAGGAGAAUGAUUACAUAGCCUUUGGCAUGAGUGGAUCACAGACCCAGCCAGAGAUGAUUGGUGGGGAUGUUGUGGUGUCAUUUAUGGAGGGCUACUUAGGAAAUCUCAUUGACUACAACAUGUCUUCCUACACACCAUGCACAAAAUUGCUAGGUCAACACAAGGGUGUGUGUCAGGAUGACAAAGUUGGUGGGACGCAGGACUACCAAAUCUUCAGCAGCAAGAGGGAAGAUGGCAUCAAUAUUUUCACGUUCAGGCGCCGCCUUGUCACCCCUGAUACUGGAGACAUACCAUACCCAGAGAAGGGUGAAGCCCUCAUCAUCUGGGCUCUCGGUACCCUUGACGGUGUUAAGAAACCAACCAUGCAUUAUGCUUGGUCAAAGGUGAAACAACAAAUUGAAUUCACAAGGAAGGCAACAGAGAGAAACUGCUUUGCUUUCACUCGCAGUGAUAAACCAAAAUUGAAGGCUUGGCCACGUUUCCAUUUGGCAGACCCUGCAGCUCGUGAGUUUACUGCUCGCCUCGGUCCUGAUGGAGGGUCACGUGGAUACUCUGCUAUAACACAGCAAUAUUCAGAUACAGGCUUGUCGUGGUACAUAAAUGGCUACCUUGCUCCUGAUGUGUACAUCAAGAGAAAUACAAAAUAUAGGUUCUUGGUUGAAGGUGGCUCCAACCCGUAUGACCCCAGAAGCUAUCACCCUCUCAUCAUUACAGAUGAGCCUCAUGGUGCAUAUUCUCAACUGUCAGAGGAGCAGCAGAAGGAAGUUCGUGUUUUGGCUGGCAUUGGCUACUCAGUCAGAGGAGAUUCAAGACCCUUAGCAGCUGGACGUUUGUGUUUGUGGAAACACACUGAUGAUGGAGACCGCCGCAAAGAUGUAGAGUUCAGCACAUUUGAACGUUUCCGCAAUUCAUUAAUGCUACAGUGUGGUGAUGGAGAAGCUGCUGUUUUAGAAUUCACUCCAAACAAAUCGUGGCCUGAUGUUGUGUACUAUAACAGCUGGACGGCUCCAAACAUGGGCUGGCGUCUCCAUAUUCUUGAGGAAAUACACACAGAAGACAUUUUGGCAGCAGCAGCGAGUGGCAGUCAGGGAUUAAGCAUAAUUUUCUGGCAUCAUAUUAUCCUCCUUUUAAGUUUAGGUGUGUGGACAGUGUUGAUGGCUCUAAUAUAACCAAGUUACAAAACUGUUUUUUAUCAUAGUGCUACUGUAAAGCACUAUGAAUAUAAAUUGAAUUAUGCAUGAUACAGAAUAUCAUAUAUACUACUUAAUUUAUUAAGAUUAUAAAUUUUAGCUAAUUUUAAAAUGUAAAUAUACUUGUAUGCAAUUCAUACGUGAAAGAAUGGAGAUUUUAAAACAAGGUAGUUUUUCCCAAGUCAGUCCUGAACAGUUAUGGUUUUUAAUUACAAUAUAGUACAUUACUGUAUUUUUUGUUUAAAUUACCUAUGUUUGUCAAAUGUAAAAACAUUAUGUAUAAACAUAUAGGUUUCUGCCUGUGUGUGUCUGUGUACAGUACAGUAUAUAUAUAUAAUUAUAUGGAAUCAUAUAUCGCAUUGUAUAAAUAGAGAUAUUUUUGUCAACACCUGUUUCUAGUCUAUAUUUUGAUGAUACAGUACCACCUUGCAAUGUCCUCUCAUGUAUGGGUAAUGAAUGAAGUUUUUUAUUACAUUUUUUAACUAGAAUCAUGCUUAUGAUUUUACUUAUGGAUUACAAUUGUGAUUGAUUAAUAAUAAUCCUGAAUAUAGAUGAGAACAGAUAUUCAAAACUACUGUAUACUACUAUAUAUGCAGUAUUUAUCAUUUAUAAUUAUUUAUUAUAUAUAAUUAUGAUCAUUAGACAAUGUUUAUAGGUGAUGUUCUUUUAGAUAAUGAUCAAGGUUAUAUGUAUAUACGGUUAUUAUAAUACUGUAUAGAUAAUUUACGUAGGAAAACAUUAUAGAAAUUAUAGUCUUAAAAACUAAAACAAUAGUUAUGGUUAGAGGUAACCAUUAUCAUUAUUUGUGAUCAGUAUCGUUCAUUAAAUAAUAAUUACAGUAUUAACUUUUCAUAAUGAGGUAUUAAUGGUGAUUAUAGUUAUAAGUUACUGCAUAUAUACAGUGCAUGUAUAUUGAUUAUAAAUUAUCAAUAUAGUUAAGCAUAUACAGUUAUGAUCAUAGAUAAUGGUCAUAUUGAAGAUCUGUUAGAUAAUUAUAUACAGUACAAUAUAAUGAAGAGGUAGACUAAAUUGUAGUUCACUGUAGUGUAUUUGUAUCAAGUAAAUGGGCAAUAAUUAUGAUUAUUAAGCAAUGACUGUAUAGAUAGUUCCAGUUGAAUGUCUCCAGUCCAAGAUGCUUGGGAACCAGGGUAUUUUGGUCUUUAUUAUACCCUCUUCCUCUGCAGUGGAAUAUCUCACCUUGACUAAUAAAUGAUUCAUUUACACCUGUCAAAUUACAAGUGGGAAAAACAGGCAGAUUGGAGGGACAGAACACCAAAAAAGUACCAUACAGUAAGAAGUCAUUUGAAUAAUGAAGGCAAUUUGAAAUAAAAGUAACCAUGACGUAUUGAAAUCCUUGGAUAUACUCGGUGGAAUAACUAUGCGUACAAUGUGUGUCUUUGUAGCACACAAUGUUGUCAGGCCCUCUCCAUAGGCCAAUAAUUUGAGAUCCAUUUACAUUAUUACAUUUUUUACAUCAAAUGUGUAAUAUUGUAAGGCUGCUGCCUUUCUUUCCUUUCACCUCUGGAUUUACAACACUUAUCAUUGUCUUCAUUUUGUAGGUGUCAAUGCAGGAAAUACAUUCACUAUUAAAUUUAUCAGUAGCACUUUAAAUUAACCAAUUUAUCUUUAAAAAAGAACCAAUUCAUUCUCUGCCCAAUCAUCUUCCAGUAGUUAGCAAUAUUCUUAAUUACUUGUCCCAAUAACUUGGCAUCAUUGCCAAAACGUCAGUUUUGAUACCAUUAAUCAUUAGGGCACUCGACUUGAAACUUCUUCCAAUUAAAAGAACUUCACUUUUUGCUGCUUUGAAUAUGAGAACCAACCACAAAAUGCCAUUGUUUUGUUUAUUUUUUUUCAUAUUAGUCUUAUUUGGUACAGUAUAUACACAUGUACAUAUGUAGUUUUAUAUAAUUGGCAUAAAAUUCAUUUUGCACAUUCCUACUUCAGUUACAACUUGACACUGAAUAUGUUCAAUAUGAAAAAACUUUACAAACAUUUUCAUGGACAACUUUAUUUCAGGAUUAUACAAUACUUAAUACAUGAAAAGAUACAAUAAUAAUGGUGGAUCGGUUCUUGACUAGGUCUAGUCUGCUCAAUUUGUAAAAUGCAAAACAGUCCUCCUAGAUUUGCAAAACAUUUGUACAUAAUGAAAAUGUGAAAAUUUUAGUGAUUAUACUUUACACACAGAAAUGGUGCUGCAUAAUAUAUAUAGACUUUGGAUAUUUUUUGUUUUUUUUCUUUACUGGUCAUGUCUUCAGUAAUUGUCAAAAAUGUUAUAUACAAUUAAAUAUAGAUUUGUCAAAA